AUGACUCCAUUGCAUCUGAUUAGAGUUUUGAUAGUUGCGUGUGGUUGCAGUGUCGUCGCAGACGCGAUGAGCGCUAACUUCACUCUGGAUAAUGAGAUUCAAUCCAGCUUCAUCCAGCGGCGACUCAAGAGCCAGGAGCGCAGAGAGAUGCAGCGGGAGAUCCUCUCCAUCCUCGGGCUGCCUCACCGGCCCCGUCCGCUUACCCAUGAGAGACACACCGCAGCUCCCAUGUACAUGCUGGAUCUGUACAACGCCAUCCUAGAGGAUGGAGGGCACCGCAGCGGUUAUGCGUAUUCUUAUGAACCGCUUUUCACGACCCCGGGAACACCGAUGGUGACCCAACAGGACAGUCGGUUUCUUAGUGAUGCGGAUAUGGUGAUGAGUUUUGUCAAUUUGGUUGAUUCAGAUGAAGACCUCCAUCUGUAUUAUCAGCACUGCAGAGAGUUCCGCUUCGACCUCUCUCGCAUCCCGGCGGGAGAAACCGUGACUGCUGCAGAGUUCCGUAUCUACAAGGACUUUGUACAUGAGCGUUAUGAAAAUGAGACGUUCCGUGUCAGUGUGUUCCAGGUGCUCCAACUGCAGCCCAAAAGGGAGCUCUACCUGCUGGACUCGCGAGUGGUAUGGGCAGCGGAAGACGGAUGGCUAGUAUUUGACCUCACAGUCACCAGUAACCAUUGGGUCAUAAACCCAGGUCAGAACCUUGGACUACAGCUCUCUCUGGAGAAUGCACAUGGUGAAAGCAUGAACCCCAGGAGAGCAGGGUUGGUGGGCAGCAGUGGACCUCACGAUAAGCAGCCGUUUAUGGUGGCGUUCUUGAAAGCGUCAGGACUACACCUCCGUAGUGUCCGCUCAGCAUCAGGAAACAAACAGAGGGGUCACAACCGCUCUAAAACCCCCAAACCUGGUGCUACACCCAGCCAGGUGGCCCUAAAGACAGCUGUAGCCACAGAGGGUGCCAGCAUUGACCCCAAACAGGGCUGCAAGAAACAUGAACUCUAUGUCAGUUUCAGAGACCUGGGAUGGCAGGAUUGGAUCAUUGCUCCAGAGGGUUAUGCUGCGUACUACUGCGAGGGAGAAUGUGUUUUUCCCUUGAAUUCUUAUAUGAAUGCCACAAACCAUGCUAUCGUACAGACACUGGUUCAUUUCAUAAACCCAGAAACAGUCCCAAAGCCCUGCUGCGCUCCAACACAGUUGCACGGAAUCUCCGUCUUGUACUUUGAUGACAGCUCCAACGUUAUAUUGAAAAAGUAUCGCAACAUGGUAGUCAGAGCCUGCGGAUGCCAUUAA